AUGGAGAGUGUAUUUUUACUGUUUUUUCUCGUAUUUAUUAAAGAGGCUCACUUCUACCGCUAUGGGAACGCCAACAACCUUCAGCCAUACAUGCCCAACGUGUGCAUGGAGCAGGAGAUGAUGCUGGUGGCUCAGAGGCAGCCGUGUGUGCAGGCCUUCACACGCAUGGUCAAAGUGUGGAAGCAAGGAUGCGCGGGACAGUCGUGGUGUAUGGGAUACGAGAGGAGGACGGCGUAUUACACGGCGUACAGACAAGUGUACCGACACGAUUACCAGACCGUCUACAAGUGCUGCCAUGGAUGGUCGCAGCUCAAUGGAGAAGCAGGCUGCCUUUAUCCCGUGUGCAGCUACGGCGUGUGCUUCAACGGGGGUCAAUGUCGGGAGGGGUCCACCCAGCUAUGCGACUGUCCUGCGGGCUUCAAUGGGCCCAGCUGCCAGUAUGACGUCAACGAAUGCGAGGAGACCAACGGAGGAUGCGAAGCUCUCUGCUGCAACACUAUCGGAAGCUUUUAUUGCCGCUGUCCCGCUGGACUCCAACUAGGCCCCGAGGGAAAAACCUGUCAAGAUAUUGAUGAAUGCCAGGUCCACAAUGGAGGCUGCCAGCACACGUGUGUUAACACCAGAGGCUCCUACUACUGUGAAUGUCGCACGGGGUCCCGCCUGCAUGUCGACGCACGUACCUGCAUUCCCGUCCACUCGUGCGCCCUCAGCAACGGCGGCUGUGAACACUUCUGCAUACAGCAGUCAGCCGCUCAUUUCCGCUGCCGCUGCAAGCCCGGCUACGAGCUAGCAGAUGACGGCAAGCACUGCAAAUUGCAGAAUCCCUGUGCUGAUCGCAAUGGAGGGUGCAUGCAUCACUGUCGGGCCGACGGCGGGAAGGCUCACUGUGACUGCAGACCUGGCUUCGUUCUGGCUGAGGACGGACAAACAUGUGAAGAUAUUGACGAGUGCCAGAUGGAAGAUGUCAACUGUGCUCACGGCUGCCACAACACGCUGGGCUCCUUCUCCUGCGUCUGUAACGCCGCGUACGAGUUGGGCUCUGAUGGAAAACAGUGUUACAGAAUCGAGAUGGAGAUCGUGAACAGCUGUGAGGACAAAAACGGCGGAUGCUCGCACCACUGCCAACAUUCCAAUAGUGGGCCGGUUUGCUCCUGUAACCAUGGUUACAAGCUGGAUAACGACCUUAAGACCUGUGUUGAUGUGGACGAGUGUGGCAGGCAGAGCUCCUGCUGCCAGCAGAACUGUGCCAACUACCCUGGAGGUUACGAAUGCUACUGCUCAGCGGGCUACAGGCUCAACUCGGACGGAUGCAGCUGCGACGACGUCAAUGAGUGUCUGGGAGCCAAUGGCGGUUGUGAUCACACGUGCCAAAACAACGCCGGCUCCUACCAGUGUUUCUGCCGACGAGGCUUCCGUCUGGAGGAGGACCGCCUCUCAUGCAUCCCUCUGGACGGUGCAGUCGAAGCCCUGUCCAGCGGGGGCACCAUCGAGCUGACUCUGGCCGGCCCCCAGCUCACGUUGCUGCACGACUACAACCAGCCUCUGGAGCGCUAUGACGAUUACGAGGACGACGAGGGGGAGCUGAGGGCCGAGAGUAACCUGGCUGAAAAGUUUGUGUGCCUGGACGACACUUUUGGCAACGACUGCAGUUUGACGUGUGACGACUGCUCCAAUGGAGGAACGUGUAAUCUGUGGAAGAACGGCUGCGAUUGUCCAGACGGCUGGACGGGAAUAAUCUGCAACCGGACAUGUCCAGAAGACUAUUUUGGUAAGAACUGCUCCUUCCCCUGUAAGUGUAAAAAUGGUGCCAGCUGUGACCCCGUCACUGGGAGCUGUCGCUGCCCACCAGGGGUCAGUGGAGAGUUGUGCCAGGAUGGCUGUCCCAAGGGUUUCUAUGGCAAACAGUGUAACAAAAAAUGUAAUUGUGCCAACAAUGGACGCUGCCAUCGCACUUAUGGAGCCUGCUUGUGUGACCCUGGACUCUACGGACGCUUCUGCCACCUCCCUUGUCCAAAGUGGACUUUCGGUGCCGGCUGCUCAGAGGAGUGUCAGUGUGUCCAACAGAAUACUCUGGAGUGUCACCGUCGCUAUGGCACCUGCAUCUGCAAACCUGGUUACCAAGGCAACGCCUGCAAGGAAGAGUGCAGCCCGGGAACGUACGGCGGCGACUGCGAGAAGACGUGUGCAUGCCCGCUGGGCGUGUCAUGUGACCACGUGAGCGGGGACUGCCAACGAAAGUGCCCGCCGGGUCGUCGCGGCGAGGGCUGUGACGAAGACUGUCCCAAAGGGACGUUUGGACCUGGCUGCGUCCAUCCUUGCAACUGUACCGGCGCCCCCUGUGACAAAGUGACAGGACAGUGCAGGUGUCCUGCCGGCACUACUGGCAAGAACUGUGACAAGUUGUGUCCAGAGAGGUUUUGGGGAAUGGGCUGCUCAGAAAGAUGUCCUCUCUGUGACAAUGGAGGCGCGUGUGAUAAACACAAUGGCUCAUGUAACUGCCUGCCUGGCUUCAUGGGAACACUUUGCCAGAACUCGUGUCCAAGCGGGCGUUUCGGUCAAGGUUGCCAGAUGAAGUGCGUGUGCGAGAACAACGCUCGCUGCGACGCGGUGAGCGGCCGGUGCACCUGCGCCCCCGGCUGGACAGGCCACAACUGCAGGAAAGCGUGCGACACGGGCCACUGGGGGACGGACUGUGCAGAGAGCUGCCACUGUCAAAACGGAGACGGAAGCUGCGACGUGGUGACGGGACAGUGCAACUGUGAGGCUGGCUACACUGGAGCGCGCUGUCAGCACAAGUGUCCAGCAGGUGUGUUUGGUCUUGGUUGUCGCCAUCGAUGUCAGUGUGACAAUGGUGCGUUGUGCGACCAUGUGAGCGGCGCUUGCACUUGCCAGGUGGGGUGGACCGGAACAGUCUGCGAAAAGCCGUGUCCUCAAGGAUUUUUUGGACUGGACUGUCAGAAGAAGUGCGUGUGUCACAAUGGAGGCCUUUGUGACCCGGCCAGCGGGGUUUGCUCCUGUCCUAGCGGCUGGAUAGGACCGUUCUGCAACCAAACUUGCCCGAGCGGUUUCUAUGGCGACGGCUGUAACCAAACCUGCUCUUGUCGUAACGGCGGCGUCUGCCACCCGGCCAGCGGUCUGUGCGCCUGCACUGCGGGCUGGAACGGCGCCAACUGCUCAGAAGAAUGCCCCGCGGGUUUCUACGGGGUCGACUGUCGGCACCGCUGCCUGUGUCAGAACGGAGCCGCCUGCGACAAAUCCGAUGGGAAGUGUUCCUGUUCCAGCGGCUGGACAGGAACCGCCUGUGAGCAGGAGUGCGUGGCUGGUAGUUUUGGGGCCGACUGUCAGCGUGAGUGCGAGUGUGAAAAUGGCGGCCGGUGUGACGGACAGACCGGGCGAUGCAGCUGCAGCCUCGGUUGGAUGGGAGAACGCUGCCAGGAAGCGUGUGAGCCUGGCACGUUUGGCGCCCACUGCCAGAAGAGGUGUCAGUGUGGGCACGGGGCGUCAUGCCAUCACGUGACUGGAGAGUGUCGCUGCCCGCCUGGGUGGAGAGGAAAACACUGUGACAAAGCAUGUCUGCCAGGUUCCUAUGGGCUGGGUUGCAUGAGGCGCUGUAGUUGUCCUGUGGGCACUUCCUGUCAUCACGUGACCGGAGAGUGCGGCUGUCCUGCGGGACUUACUGGCAGCGGCUGCGAACAAAUUUGCCUCCCUGGAACGUUUGGGCCAAACUGCAAUCAAGUGUGUCAGUGCUCUGAGACCAACCAGCUCUGCCACCCAGUGUCCGGAUUGUGCUACUGCGCCCCAGGUUUCCAUGGAGCCAAAUGUGACCAAACAUGUGGAGCGGGUCGUUACGGUCCAGACUGCGUGAGGGCGUGUGGUUGUGACAACGGGGGCGUGUGCGUGGCGUCCACCGGCGCCUGCCAAUGUCCCGCGGGCUUCAUCGGCGCUCGCUGCAACAUCACAUGUCCCGACGGCCGCUACGGAGCGGACUGCUCUCAGGUGGCCCAAUGUGGGGACGGACCAGCCCGGAACGACCCGGUGACCGGUCGCUGCCUGUGCCAGCCUGGACGCAGAGGAGAACACUGCACACACAGUUGUCCUCCAGGCUGGUAUGGCUUAAAGUGCGUGCAGCGUUGUAACUGCAGCAACGGCGCCGCGUGCCACCCGGUGACGGGCAACUGCACCUGCGGCCUGGGAUGGACCGGUCCUCACUGCGACAUAGAAUGCCCGCAGGGUCAAUUUGGCGCCAACUGUCAGCUGACGUGCAGGUGUGAAAAUAAUGGAACGUGUGACCGAGUGAGCGGGGCGUGUCAGUGCGCUCCAGGACACUACGGACACGUGUGUGAGCACGCGUGUCCCCACGGUCUCUACGGACCCUUGUGUCAGAGGCAGUGCAGCUGUGAGGACGGUGCUUCCUGCCAUCCGGCGUCCGGUCAGUGCGCGUGUCCUGCUGGACGUCAAGGCGCUCGAUGCCAAAAAGUGUGUGAGCGAGGCACGUUCGGUCACGGCUGCGUGAAAGUGUGCGACUGUCACGACGAUGCGCCGUGUGACCCUGUGAACGGAACGUGUCUUUGUGCUGCGGGACAGACCGGCCGGAGAUGUGACAUCGACUGCAGACCGGAUCGCUUCGGGCCCGACUGCACGCAGAGUUGUGAGUGCGAGAACGAUGCACGCUGCGACCGGCGUAAUGGACGCUGCAGCUGCAUGCGCAACUGGAUCGGACUUAGCUGUCAGGAAGGUGUGGCGACCUCGCCAAAGUCUUCUUGUGCCGAGUCUUGUCCUCUCAUGUCUUUGUGCGUCCUUCAGGUCUCUCCCUCGAGGCCAGUCUAGGAAACUCCAAGCAGUACAACUCCUUAUAGCGCCCUCACCUGGCAGGAGGACGCCAACAAAGCUGAAUGCACGAAUUGCACGUGGAAAAAGACUCAGAAGAUUCUACUUUGGGACACAAACUAAAGGAGGAGUCUUUCUUUUUUAAGGACAAAGUGGAACAACCAGCAGGAGACAAACGGUAUUUAAUAUUUGAUGAAGUGAUGCGGACAUGUUUGCAGUGCCCAUGCAACUUUUUGCCUUUCAAACACCUAAAGUGUCAAUUCAAUGCUUAUCGUAUUUAACAAGGAAAACACAAAGUAUGAGAAUACAUGUGCAAUACAGCAUUUUACAAGAAAGUCCAUUAAAUAAAACACAAAUUGUGGAAGAAGUUGCAAUAUUUUAAGAAUGUCAUUUUUUUGAUAAAAUUGUUUCCUAUUUAAAUUUUUAAAAAUAAAGACUCAGACUUUAAACUUUACUCUUGUAGUUCAAACUGUUUUUUAAAUAUUUUAAUAUAUCAUAUAAUUACCGGUACAAAAUUGAGACAAAUAAUACUCUUGAUUAAAAAAGGUACUCCCAUAAAAUUAAACAUCUUGUAAAAGCAAACCUUUAGAAUUGUUUUCUUCUCACACAAUAUAUAAAUAUUUUGA